UCGACCCAUAACAGUGUGGCUUCACACCCGCUUCUACAAUGUUUCCUAAAACGCUCACCAGGCUCGCACUCGGCAUCCUGUUCCCCUCGCUCAUCGCAAAAGCUAACGCCCAGGCCCAGAUCUGCAGAUCAAAUGAGCCCUUUGUAUACUUCAACAGCUCCAAGACGGUCGCGCUUCCCGCGCUCAACAACAAUGGCCCCAUGCUCUACGACGACCCUGAUGAAACAUGGUACUUUUCCACGCGCACGGUUUACAAGACACCCGGCGCGGACGCAAUGACAACGAUGUGGCUAAACACGGGGAACUCUAGUAUGUACGAUAUUGGCUCGUGCUGGCAGACGACGUGGACGCACGGGAUAAAUGGUUUCACGUUCUCCCGGGACGUACUCGAGCGCAGCGUGGACGAUAAGGGCGACUGCAAGAUCAUGUUGGGCGAGGAGUGUAUCGCGGGUCUGAAGCGGCAUUACCUGGACGCUGCAAUGCGCUCUGCUAGCCGCGCGAGCUGUGACGGAGAUAUAUUCAAUGCUACUGUGCCGCAGGAAUGCGCGGGGCUUGUCAGUGGAGGCAGCGUGUGGCGGGGAGGGCUGUUCGGGAGUGAGGCGCGGCUGGACUAUGCGUUGAACGAGACGAUGCUUGAACAGGAAGGGUGUCCCAAUAACUCGGUGGCAGUUAACAACUCUAUUCACGGGGGCAGCGGCACAGGCGGAAGCUACAACCACGCUGUACGCUUCCCGCAGCCGUAUUUCCUUACCUUCUGGCCUAACCGGACGCACGAUCCCAGGUCGGCUGGGAUGGAGAGUGAUUACGUGCGUGUGGAGUUGCUGUGCUUGCGGACAGACGACAUCGAAGAGGGCAGUCCGGUGCCGCCUUCAGCACAAGAGCUCCUGGACGCACAAGGCGUCGAGUACGCCGGAAAUGCAUCAAAUAGGUCGAGCGGAAGCGGGGGAGGAGAAGACUCGACGGGAGGUGCGACGGCGAUGAAGUUGAUGGCACCAUUUUUGAGUGCUGCAGCUAUAGCAGGCUUGCUGCUGGCUUAAAGAUGGAGUGAGAUAUAUACC